UCUCGUGGAGUGAAUAGAUGCUCGGGCUCCUGUGAGCGGUGCGAGGACACUUGCUGUGCAGAGAAGAGAUAGUGAACGCAGCUCCGGACAAACAAAACAGAUCACUUUCACCCACAACAUCCAACAUGUCUUCAAAGUGCCCCAAGUGUGAGAAGACGGUGUAUUUCGCUGAAAAGGUGUCAUCACUGGGGAAAGACUGGCACAAGAUGUGUCUUAAGUGUGACCGCUGCAACAAGCUCCUGAACGCCGGAGGCCACGCUGAGCACGACGGACGGCCCUACUGCCACAAACCGUGCUAUGCUGCCCUCUUUGGGCCAAAAGGAGUCAACAUCGGUGGAGCUGGCUCUUAUGUGUACGAUGCUCCCGCCAACAACAACCCCACCAGCGUGGAUUCAGCCCCAAAAGCUGAAGAGAAGCGAGUGUUUGUCCCCAAGGCAGCACCCAAAGCUGCUGGAAGCAUCACCACCUUUUCUGGAGAGGCCAACCUGUGUCCCCGAUGCAGCAAGAAGGUGUAUUUUGCUGAGAAGGUGACAUCACUGGGUAAGGACUGGCAUCGACCCUGUCUGCGCUGUGAGAGGUGCAGCAAGACUCUGACUCCUGGCAGCCAUGCAGAGCAUGACGGCCAGCCCUACUGCCACAAACCCUGCUACGCUGUUCUCUUCGGGCCCAAAGGCGUGAACACUGGUGGUGUUGGCAGCUACGUCUAUGAGAAGGAGCCCAGUGCAGUGACCCAGCCUUGAACCUUUUGUCCCCUCAGCUUCAUCCCUCCUCUUCUCUACACAACACUGACCAUCAACCACAGUAUUAUUCGUCCUCUUCCUCCCACCUGGCGCUCAUACCUGAGACAAAUUAUCCCAUUUCUCCUUUAUUCUGACCCGCUCCCAGCUGAUUUAGCACUAGGAGGAAUGAUUAAAUGACCUAAACAUGUGUUGUAUAUACAUUUGCUCCGGGAGAGCCACACCAAGCAUUCCCACAGGUAUUACAAGUAAUUUAAUGCCAUGUUUACACAUUUAUAAACGUAUGAGAACACAUUAAAUGUCACCACAGUCAAAUACGAAGGUCCUAUAUUUAAAUGUUGUAGCCUGACAACAGUGUGAUUGAGGAUAUCCGGUUUGAGGUGACUUGUGUUUAACAAAAAUGUGACAGAGAUUGAUUCUUGGGUGUGGAGAAGUGCCUUCUGGCUGGAGGUGGAGGUGUAGCGCGUUGACAGCCGGAGGAAUUACGCCUUGGAGGCACAGGUGGUGCUCAGAAUCAGGUUGCCAAUAAAUGUGUAUUUUAAAAAUGCCAUAUUUACCUUUUGCCCGCCUGUCAACAUUCCUUAUUUUAAAAUAAAUUAAAAAAAAAUCCCAACAUAUUGCAAAAAAGGUGCGAAAGUGGACCUGUUAGGCGACUGUUACAUGACUUCCAACACAUCCACAACGCUGUAUUGAGUCAACAUGAAUUUAUUCAAAUUUUAAGCAUAUGUUAUUAACCUGUUUAAUGUCAAAAUCUGGUUUAUGUGCUAAUAAACAACAAAACCGUCAAUUUUCAAAAUAAGGCAGAAUGUGGAUGGGGUUUUCUAAACGGAGGAAUGUAGGUUGCCGGAUAAAAACAAGUAUUUAUUGCUUCAAAUUAAGUCCUUCAAAUUUAAUUAGCCAUUGUACUGCUGCCCUUUAUGGGACUGAUUGUGAAGGAGGUCAAACAGGGCAAUGUAAGUUGUAAAAAAUCGCUACAACUAAGAUGUUUUAUUGUUAAUUAUAAAUAACCCGGCUGUUGUUUUCCGAGAAAUGACGCGUUAUUUGAAGUAUUUGUUGCCGUUAGCAGAGGCAGUAGCUUAGCUCGUAGACACACUGCAGACAAGUCAUUCUGUGAGAAUGUGCAUCCUAGUAUUAUCGUAAGACUGUAACUGUGUUUGUUUAAUACCUGUCGUACAUCAUAGGGCUCACUGUUUGUAGACUGAGACGCUGCACUUCAGCCCUGCUGCAUUUUGUCUUUUUAAUUCCUUGAAUAAAUAUGUAAUAAACUCUU